ACAGACAACAAACCCGGUUAGAGUGAGAGAUAAAUGGCGUUUGCCGUUCGCAUCUUGUAGCGUCGAUGUGUGUGCGCUUGGCGUGUAAAUAAUAAUAAAAUCGUUACAAUAAUUCCCCGUUACGAGAAAAAACUUUGAACACAACACACACACACACACGUCCGCAAAUACUCUAGUCACGUUUUACGUUUCUGUUCCCGUCGACGGUAGCAGCUACAACAGCGGCCGCCAUCGCCGUACACACUUUCACACGCGGAGCGCGGCGACAGCCGACAUCUUAGCAAACUGGAGGACAUGACGCAGCAACCGAACGCCAACGGCCGGUCCAAUGGGCCCGGCCGGGAUGACGACAAGAAACUAUUUGUCGGCGGCCUAGGUAGGACCAUUAGCGAGAAAGAAUUACGCGAGUACUUCACGCAGUAUGGCGAGAUCGAAAACAUCAACAUCAAGACCGACCCGUUUUCCGGACAGUCCAGAGGGUUUGCGUUUGUGCAGUUCGUCAACGCCAAGACCGUGGACGAUUUGUUGGCCGCUGGUGAUCAUUUUAUUGCGAAUAAAAAAGUUGAUCCGAAGAGGGUAACAAAGAAAGUUAAUCCACUGCGUUGUAAAAUUUUUGUUGGAGGCUUAACUACUGAAAUGACUGAACAAGAUGUACGGAAUUAUUUUGUUCAAUUUGGUCAAAUAUCCGAAUAUCAACAACCUUUUGAUAAAAUGAAAAACCAAAAGAAAGGUUUUUGUUUCAUAACGUUUGAGGAUUCCGAAGUCGUUAAUCAAGUUUUGAAAAAUCCCAAACAAGUUAUUAAUGGUAAAGAAGUAGAUGUAAAAAAAGUCAAGUUCAACCCUGAAACAAUGACCGCUCCUGGAACCAGGACUGGUGGUCCAGUAGGUGCCACUAGAGGAGGAGCACCUGCUACUUUUGGCUUGAGACCAGCAUAUCCCGGUUAUAUGGCACCAGCAGCUGCUUCACCCUAUGGUACUGCUGCAGAUUAUGGUUAUGCAGCUAAUGCUUAUGAUGCAUAUGGUGCAUAUGGUGGAUAUGACUACUCUGCGAUUGGUUAUGGAGGAGGAGGUGGUGGUGGCGGCGGCGGUGGUGGUGGUGGUUAUCCAGCACAAGCCUAUGGAGGUGGCAAAUAUCGAGAAACAACAUAUCCUCGACAUGCGCCUUACUGAAUUUAAGACGCAAGUAUAACGUUUGACGAAUAAUCCUGGUGGACACAUUAAGACUGUGUUAUUAUUAUUAUUCAAUUUUCACCGCAUUUCUGUAUGAUAUAAAAUACUACCAUAAAAACAUAACACAAAAUUAUAUGUUAUAUUAUACAAUAGUUUGUUAUAUUUUAUAACAAAAUUAUAAGCCUAAUUGAACAGGUCAAAUAUUAAGGUCUAAUAAUGAUGUAAAUAAAUAUUUAUAAUUUUUUUGUA